AUGUUAGCAACUGAGGAAAUUUCAACUACGGCUUACGAGAUAAAUGAAAAAAUUGUACAAAAGAGAAGCAAUUUACCAAUAAGCUCAUGGUACUUGACUCCACCAAUAAUGUUGUUUUCGUCUUGGUUUAUUUUAAAUUUCGAUUAUUAUGCAUUAAAAGAUCCAAUAUUAGUAUGGAAAGAUUUAUUAGCUUGGACUUCAUAUGUUUUAGGUCAUAUUACAGUUCCAAUUUUGACGUCAGUUUGGUUAUACAUUUUCCAUGAACCAGGGGCAGUUAAAUCAUAUGGUUUUGCAUUAGGUUUUCAAAAUAUAUGUGGUGUUUUAACUCAUUUAUUAUUUCCAUGUGCACCACCAUGGUUUAUUCACAUGUAUGGAGAAGAUAAAGUUGCAAAUUAUGAUAUGAAAGGAUAUGCCGCUGGUUUAACUAGAGUUGAUAUUCAUUUAGGUACACAUUUAAAUUCAAAAGGAUUUCAUGCAUCACCCAUUGUGUUUGGUGCAAUUCCAAGUUUACAUUCAGCUAUGGCUGUAAUUACAUUAUAUUUUAUAACUUAUUUUGCAAGAUAUAGAAUUAUAAAAGUUCUAAGUUUUUUAUUUGUUGUUUUACAAUGGUGGGCUACUAUAUAUUUGGAUCAUCAUUGGAGGUUAGAUUUGUUUAUUGGUUUAAUUUAUGCAACUGUUUGGUUUAGUAUUAUUAAAUGGUUCCUUUUAAACAAAUAUGAUGAAAAUUUUAUAAAAGCAAGACUAAAUUAUAAUUUUAAAAAUGGAAGUACAAUGGGUAUGAGAGUUUUUAGGAACACAAAUCUACAAUGGUUUUUUGAUCCAAUGGCAUAA